CAGUUAUUUCCAAAAUAAAUUCUAGAAAUAUUUUAUAUUGUUUAUUGUUUGUUAUUUUCAACACUUUGUUACAAAAUUAAUUAAUUAUUAACGAUGAUUAACGCAGAUGAUUUGGAUCAUGUACUGAUUGGAAUUUCAAUAUUUUUUGCAAUUAUUACUUUUGUUGUUCCAUUCGUAUUCAUUAAAGGACCCGAUCAAGAUAUCAUUCGAAGUUGUUGUGUCAUUGCUGGUAUUUCAUGUUACUUAUUAAGCAACAAUAAACGUAACAAAGACUCUCAAACUUUUUAUCACAAAAUUAAAAAAAGUUUGAUUGCCAGUGUUCUCAAAUGUGAGUUAAAAACAGUGAAAAACAUUUCGGAAAUUAAAAACAAACAAAUAUCAAUGGCGCCAACUUUUAUCAAAAUUUUGACAUUUUUCAUCAUACUUGUGCAACUUUUUUGUUUAACCAGAGGAGAGAUUGGUGAAGUUCAAAGUGAAUUGAUCAUUGAAGCACAUGAGAACUUAAACAAUGAACUAUUUAAUGAAGAAACACCCCAAAUAGUAAUAGAAGAAGACGAAGCUUCUUCAAAGCUCACAACAACAGAAGCAUCUCAAGAAGAUGUUGAAUGUUCACAUUGCAAUAAAAUCAGCGAGAUGCCCAUGGAGAUCGCUGAAAAAAUAAACGAGAUCAGUGAUGUUGAUGAAUUCAUUCAUGAAUUUGUUGACGAUUCAAUCUCAUUAUCAAAUGCAUCAUCAAGCUAUGAACAUCCAUCGAGUAGAAGACGAAGAGGAGUUCGUGAUGGACCAAGACAAGCCACUUGUCAACCAAUUGACACAGUUGUCAGUCUUGUUCAAGAUGAACGUGAUCCAACCGUUUUCUAUUUUCCUUCAUGCGUUUUGAUGAAGCAAUGUGGUGGAUGCUGUGCACAUUCAGGAACAACAUGUUCACCAAUCGAAGAGACCGACAAACAAAUUACAAUAAAGAAGACAAAAUUUAGUGGAGGUUCAAAGUUUCAAUCACUGGGAGAUGUGACAGUAACAGUUAAAGAACACAACAGAUGCAAAUGUCAAUGUAAGAAAACAGCGUCAAGUUGUAACAGUUUACAAAAAUUCAUUGCAAAUCAAUGUAGAUGUGAAUGCAUAAACAUUGCAGAAGCCGAAAGUUGUACUCAGGAUCCAACAAAACUCUUUGACACCAAAUCAUGCGCAUGUGUUUGUCGAGAUACGAAAGAAUGCGCAACAGGUCUUCAAUAUGACCAAAGUUCGUGCUCAUGUCAGCCGAUUACAUUUGAUGAUGAAGAUUCGCAAGAUUUUCAAUUUUUCGGUGAUCAUAUGGAUACUGAGGCAUAUGGGGUUGAAACCGAUGAUACAAAAUACGAAACAAUACCAGAAACUGGGUAAAUCAUAACGUGUGACAUCGAAGUCAUUCUUCAAACUUUCCCACAGCUAAUUAUUAAAAGAAAAGUUUCAUCACGAGAUAUUUUUAUGAGUUUUCAGAAAUAUCUGAAACAGUAUUGAUUUGAUAUUUAACGUACUUAAACAUUUACAACAAAUAAAAUUAAAUAUUGUAUUAAGAACAUAAAUAAAAGUUUU